AUGGCUAUUAAGAUUAUACUUCGCGUUUCUCUGGUUGUCUUGGGCAUAUAUGCGGCACCACCAGUUGAUGAAAACCUUCCACCCAGACCCAAAGAAGGGGGUGUGACAACACGUUUCUGUGAGUUCUACAAUAACACUCUACCAGAACCUUGUGACAGAACAAAAAAUGAGACAUGCAUACCAAACAUUGUCAAAGAAGAAUGUCAGCCGCUUGAAGCUGAUAAAAGCAACCAUUGCUUCACUUUAUGGCAGUUUGAUAACACCACCAACACAGCCACCGUAAAAGUCAAAGGAUGCUUUCUCGACACAGUCGCUUGCAAUGAUAGAUCAUCAAACUGCCGUUUGCACAACAUGAAAUUACCAUUACUACACUGCUGCUGUGAGGGUGAUAUGUGCAAUGAGAACGCAACAUAUCCAGGCUUAGAAGCCAGCAUACAAACAGAGAUGCCACCAGAAAGAGUACCUGCCUCUCCUGUACCAACACCUGAUGAUGACACAACUAGAGUGGUAGCAUACACACUUACACCAUUAUUUGUGUUGUUUGCGGUCUUUGUCGGAUGUUAUCUAUUAUAUAGGAAACGUAAAGGUGGCUCAUUUGCUGAAUUAGCAAGCGGAGAAGCAUCAUUAUCAAGACCUCCAUCUGCAAAUGCUGGUAUGGAAAAUGAUGGAGCCAGUUUGCAAGGUCAAGUGACACUAUGUGAAGUUAGAGCCAGAGGUCGCUUUGGUGCAGUAUGGAGAGCUAAGCUUGGUCAACGUGAUGUGGCUGUCAAAGUUUUUCCACUGCAAGAUAAACAGUCAUGGUUGGCUGAACAAGAAAUAUAUAGGUUACCUAGAAUGGACCAUCCAGAUAUUUUACACUAUAUUGGUGUUGAUAGGACUGGAGAUAACUUGCAGGCGGAGUAUUGGCUUGUCACUGAGUAUCACGAGAAGGGAUCGCUUUGCGAUUAUUUAAAGGCACAUACAUUCACAUGGGCCGAAGCGUGGCGUAUAGCGGCGUGCGUGGCCAGAGGUCUUGCGCAUCUGCACGAAGAAGGAGGCGGAAAACCAGCUAUAGCCCACAGAGACUUCAAAUCCAAGAACGUCCUCCUCAAGUCGGAUUUAAGCGCUUGCAUCGCUGACUUUGGCCUCGCGUUGAUCUUUGUAUCCGGUCAUGGAUGCGGCGAUGCGCAUGGCCAAGUCGGUACCAGAAGAUAUAUGGCGCCGGAAGUGCUUGACGGGGCCAUUAACUUCACAAAGGACGCGUUCCUAAGGAUAGAUAUGUACGCUUGUGCUCUGGUGCUAUGGGAAAUCGCUUCACGAUGUGAACAAGGCGGAAAUGACCCAACGGCGCAAUAUCGGCUGCCCCUCGAAGAGGAAGUAGGUUCGCAUCCCGGUCUCGAAGAGAUGCAAGAAACGGUCGUCCAACGAAAGAUGAGGCCACACAUACAGCCGCAGUGGAGAGACCACCCUGGUCUCUCGGUGCUCUGCGACACGAUGGAAGAAUGUUGGGACCACGACGCCGAAGCUCGGCUGUCGGCCUCCUGCGUUCUAGAACGCAUCGCAGCGCAGCGCCCCACCACCAACCGACCACCAUCGACCCCCGACACGACCCCCUUACUGAUACACGAACUGAACGAUCCCCAGCCCUGCUGA